AAGAAAUAGAACAAAAGAAAAAGCGAGAUAGGCUUCUGUCCCGACGAAAACUCGCGGAAGCAGCGAAAAAGCGGAAAACCCCUAAAACAUCAAAUCAGCUUACUCUGCAUACUCAUCUUUCUUUCUCUCCCGCGAGCGCGCAGGACUAAUUCGUCGUUAGCAACAGCGGAUCGAAGAAUUCGAACUCUCUCAGGAAUUUCAACAGACAUUGCUGCAGCCUGCAAGACAACCAUUCCAAAUCAAAACCUAAAACUCCCAAAACACUCCACAGCAACAUCAGCAGCAGCAAUCAAACACAUAUAUUGUAAACUAGGAAAACAAAAAAGGAAGCUCAUAUCUUCCAUUUCAACCACAGCAAAGCACCAAUGUCUGCAACUAUAUCAAUGCCUCCCAGCAUUCUACCACCUUCUUCUUAAAAAAGCGUGGCAAGACUGUAAUAAAACCGAAAAUGGAGAGAUCUCGAUCCAAGAGGAGCUAUUACUAUGACCAAGACUACGACAAUCAAACCCCACCCAGAACGAAACCCCGCUACCACCAUAAUCAUCACAACAACAACAAUAGCCACAACCACCGCCGCGGCGGAGGGCGCCCUUCGAAACCCCAGCAGGACGGCCCUCCCCCUCCUUCUGUCUUCUUCCGGAUCCUCUGCCCUGAUGUCAAGGCUGGUGGGGUCAUUGGCAAGUCGGGCAGCAUCAUCAAAACCAUCCGUCAGGAGACCGGCGCUUGGAUCAACGUCCACCCUCUGAUCUCAGGCGACGAGGAGCGGAUCAUCGAGAUCUCCGACGCGCGACGCCGCGAUCCCUCAUACUCCCCCGCACAGGAGGCUCUGCUCAUGAUACACGAGCGUAUCCUCGAGAGUGAGUCAAGUUUUGGAGCCGGGUCUGAUGGCGGCGAUGGCGAUGAUGAGGAUGAUUAUGCUGGUCCACGGGGCAGUGGGGGCCGUGUCACGACGAGGCUGGUGGUGCCGAGGGCUAAUGUCGGGUGUUUGUUGGGGAAGGGUGGGAAGAUCAUCGAGCAGAUGAGGAUAGAAACCAAGACCCAGAUUAGGAUCUUGCCGAGGGACCACAAUCUGCCUAAUUGCGUCUCAAUGUCCGAGGAGAUCGUUCAGGUUGUUGGUGAUGGCAAUGCUGUGAAGAAAGCUUUAGCAAUCAUUUCAUCUCGCUUGAAAGAAAGCCUGCUUCGUGACCGUAGUUCUUUCCGUGGACGUUUUCAUUCCCCAGAGCGCUAUUUCCCACCCGAUGAUGAUUUCACUCACACGAGCAAUAUUAGAUCAUCCUUGGAUGGGCCUGCUUCAGGAAUGGCGUUAAAUAGUGUUAGAGGCAAUGCCUAUGCUUCACGUCCAUCAGGAUAUGCAUUUGAAUCUGCAGCUAUGCCCAUGACUGGGCAUGCACAGUCAUUUCACCGUGAGGACAUUGUGUUUCGGAUACUCUGCCCAAAUGACAAGGUUGAAAGUGUUAUGGGAGAGUCAGAUGGAAUUAUUGAAAUGCUUCGCGGCGAUAUUGGUGUUGAUGUCAUGGUUACUGCUCCUGUGCCUGGGUCUGAUGAACAGAUAAUUAUUGUUUAUUCUGAUGAGGGUCCAGACGAUGAAUUGUUUCCAGCCCAGGAAGCUUUGCUGCAUAUCCAGAGUCGUAUUGUAGAUCUUGGUCCCGACAAGGAUAACAUUAUAACAACAAGACUGCUCAUUCCAGCUACUGACAUUGGAUGUUUGGAAGGAAGGGAUGGAUCAUUAUCUGAGAUGAGGAGAUUGACUCGUGCCAAUAUACAGAUCUUACCAAGAGAAGACCUUCCCCAAUGUGCGUCAGGGGAUGAGCUUGUACAGUGCUUACAGAUUGUAGGGGACAUAAGGGCAGCUCGUGAUGCUCUUGUCCAGAUAACGUUAAGGCUGCGGAGUCACUUGUAUAAUGAGAUUUCCUUUCCAAAGGAUUUGCUACCACCACCACCACCACCACCGGCGGCUGCCGCAGGACCUGUUGGGAACAUAUUUGGCCUCGAGGCGGGUUCUCCCAAUAAAAAUUCAGCAUGUGAAGGUUACCAAGGAAGUGAAUCUUCAACGGCAGGCUAUCAAAAUACGCAACCUGCAACAACUACAUUUCAGUCAAAGGACACUGGACGGCCUGGCGGUGGAUCAUUGCAGCAGGAAGAGAGCGAUGCUAAUGAAGAAGGGUCAAGUGGGCCAAGCAGAUCCCUCACUCCGGUUGUCACGAAAAAGACGCUGGAGGUAAUCAUACCAGAGCAUGCUGUUCCCAGCCUCAUCAUGAGAUCAGGAAGCAAGCUUGCUCAGAUCAGCGAGAUGUCAGGGGCGACUGUCAGCCUCAUGGAAGAUAGACCUGAGCUAACUGAAAAGGUGGUCCAAAUAUCCGGUAGUCCCGAGCAGGCUGAGAGAGCCCAGAGCCUUCUCCAGGGAUUUAUUCUGAGCACACAAGAUGCCACACCAAGCUAAAUCUGAGCUAUGGGUGUUGUAAAGCCGAGAGCUUGUAAGGUAGCAAUGGAUGCUUUCAGUUUUCACCAGUAAUCUGUUUUCCCAGAAUCUGGCAGUUAUCAACAAUCUUUGUAUAAAAGGUAAGAAUGGUUUAUUUUUCUUCUUUUUCUUUCUAUUUUCUUUUUCAUUUUAAUGUCAAUCUGCAGUUCUAAGAAUAGGAAUGCGUUCCAUAGUUAAUCUUUUUGUGUGUGUGUGUGUGUGGUGGUUAUCUUAUGCAUCCAUCUGCUUUCCUGCAACUAUUUAUAAAUUUCCAGUGAAGAUAUCCAGAUUUAAGCAAGAAAUCAAUCAUAGUUCUAAAACUUGGUGAUUCAACUUGAAACUCAGCCGAGUCAGGUCGACUCGACGGGAUUUCGUGCCAAGUCUCUGGAAGCUUACUUGGUGGCGUGAUUCACAAUUGUAUCUUGUUCGAGUAUUUAAAUGUUUUUAAAAUUUUAUCAAUUUCUAGAAGGUUUAAAUGCACUAAAUAUUAAAAUAUGUAGUCGAGUAGUUUAAAGACCCGGUCAAGUCUUCAAGUUGACCUGACCUGGCUAGACAUCAAGUUGAUUCAAAUUUUCCAGUUUUUGAACUAUGAAAUCAAUAUGAUUGUACUGAUUACAGGAGUACAACAUCCAGGGAUGCCUGGAAUGAGUACAUGGCAAGAAAAUGGUGACACUAUCGCAAAUGCCCCAUAUUAGAGAUAUUUUUACUCUUUCAUGC